AUGACUAACUACUACUUCCACUACUACUACCACUACUGCUCCUUCUACUACUGCAGGGGUUGGGAACCCUUGCACUACUACUACCACUACUGUUACUACUACUUCCAUUAUUACUACCACUACAGCUACUGCUACUUCCAUUACUACUACCACUACGGGUACUUCCAUUAUUACUACCACUACAGCUACUACUACUUCCAUUACUACUACCACUACAGCUACUACUACUUCCAUUACUACUACCACUACCGCUACUAUUACUUCCAUUAUUACUACCACUACAGCUACUACUACUUCCAUUACUACUACCACUACAGCUACUGCUACUUCUAUUACUACUACCACUACAGCUACUGCUACUUCUAUUACUACUACCACUACAGCUACUACUACUUAUAUUACUACUACCACUACAGCUACUACUACUUCCAUUACUACUACCACUACAGCUACUGCUACUUCUAUUACUACUACCACUACAGCUACUACUACUUCCAUUACUACUACCACUACAGCUACUGCUACUUCUAUUACUACUACCACUACAGCUACUACUACUUCCAUUACUACUACCACUACAGCUACUGCUACUUCCAUUACUACUACCACUACAGCUACUACUACUUCCAUUACUACUACCACUACUGCUACAGGUACUUCCACUGCCACUACCACUACUGCUACUGCUACUUCCACUACUGCUACUUCCACUAG